AUGCUUGUAAAACCGCAUCGAAAGGCAAAGGAGAUUUUGGAGGAAAUAUUGGUCAGGCAAACGCACGCGUGUGGUGAAGAUUAUCCUUCUGUGGCCAGGACACUCAAUGAAAUUGGAAUUGCGCUGCAGCAUGACAGAAAUUUUGAAGAAGCCUUGGAGAAAUACAACAGAGCUCUUGGGAUACAGUUGAAGAUAUUGGGGGGGAAACAUGUUGAUACAGCAGAUACCUACGACAACAUUGGAAAAGUCUUUCUUGAACAAGAUAAAUUCGAAGAAGCCGAAGAAAUGUUCCGGAAAGCUCUUGAUAUCAAGCUCGAAAUUCUGCCAGAAGAUAAAAUAUCCGAGUUGACUGAUCUCUAUCAAAAUCUAGGACUAUCAUUGAAAAUGCAGGACAAGUUUUCAGAAGCAACAAAGAUACAAAAACGGUCACUUUCGAAACUCGUAGAAAUUCAUGGGGAAUACCACUAUAGUGUUGCAAAAGCAUACAUUGGCGUUGCAGGACUAUUGGGAGACCAAAAUAGAAUGGAAGACGCUCUUCAGCUGCUUGAUAAAAGCGUCGAAAUUUGCAAUCGACUACAGGGAUUGGGACACCGCGACGCAAAUGUAUUGCCAUUAGCGCUCUAUAUGAAAGCAAGCUAUAUGGAAGAACUAGGGAAAUUUGAAGGUGCCACAGAAGUUUUGCUCACACUGUUAAUUCUACACAAGGAAACGCUAGAGGUGAAAUGCACUCCAUAA